CGGGGCGAGCGUGGCCCCGGGGCCGUGGAAGCCCGAGCGCCCAGCCGUUACCGUCCGCAGUCGCGGCUCUCCGCGCUCUUCCAUGGCGCUGAGGAGGGCGCUGAGCUGCCUGUGGACCUUAGGCCUGUGCCUCGCAGCCGGCAAGUCCCCCGUGAUCCCGUCCAUCGCCGACCCGCACUUCAUAGACAGCUGCCUCCGGGCCCACAACCAAUGGCGCGGCAGAGUCGAGCCCCCCGCGGCCGACAUGAAGUUCAUGAGUUGGGAUGCAGGUUUAGCGAAGAUGGCUAAAGCAUGGGCAAACAAGUGCAUAUUUCAACAUAACAGCUGUUUAGAUCAAUCAUAUGGAUGUUAUGCAGCUUUUGAAUAUGUUGGAGAAAAUAUUUGGUUAGGUGGAACGAGGAUAUUUACACCAAACGCUGCCAUCACUUCUUGGUAUAAUGAAACUGAAUUUUAUGAUUUUGAUAGUCUAUCAUGUUCCAAAGUUUGUGGCCAUUAUACACAGCUAGUUUGGGCCAAAUCAUCUAACGUUGGUUGUGCAGCUACAAUGUGUCCUAACCUUGGGGGACCUUCAACUGCAAUAUUUGUAUGCAACUAUGGACCUGCAGGAAAUUUUGCAAAUAUGCCCCCUUACACAAGAGGAGAACCUUGCUCUCUGUGCUCGGCAAAGGAGCGAUGUAUAACGAAGCUCUGUAGGUUACCAAAACUUCUUUUACCUAGCGUAAACCCAAUGAAUCCAAUGGGGAAAGCAGCUCAGCGAAUAGCUGUUAAUCCAUUCAGCCUAGUGUUUUUUCUUCUGAGAAUCUUUUAAUUGUCAUUUAUAUACAAAGAAAUUCUCAAAUAUGACAAUAAAGGAAUAGUUUAUGGACAAA